AGUGAGGCAGAAGUGAAUCCCAAAGCUUACCCCCUGGCUGAUGCACAGCUCACCAAAACGUUACUGGAUCUUGUGCAGCAAUCCUGCAACUAUAAGCAGCUACGCAAGGGAGCCAAUGAAGCCACCAAAACACUGAACCGGGGGAUAGCAGAGUUCAUUGUGAUGGCAGCAGAUGCAGAGCCAUUGGAGAUCAUCCUGCACCUCCCUCUUCUCUGUGAGGACAAGAACGUACCGUACGUGUUUGUGCGCUCCAAGCAAGCCCUGGGCCGAGCAUGUGGUGUUUCCCGGCCUGUCAUUGCCUGCUCCAUCACCAUCAAGGAGGGAUCACAGCUAAAGCCUCAGAUCCAGUCUGUCCAGCAAGCUAUAGAAAGACUGUUGGUCUAAAUGCCCAUGAGUUUUAAGUGUGUAUGGAAUAGAAAAGGUGAAGUCAGGGGGAAUAAAUGUCUAGCUUCAGUUGAGGUUAUAGUUUUGAUAUCAGUGUUUCAUUUCAAAAUGCCACAUUUUUGUUUAAUAAUGGCUUAAUUCUUAGUGUUUCUGCCUACUCUCGCCCCCCCUUUUCUAUCAUUCCCUUUCAACACAUUCAUUCUCAUUGGAUUACUUACUGAAGAGUCAUUAUAUGACUGUGUUUCCUGUUUGAUGUUUAAGGAA